GAGCCGCAGCGCAGCCACGGCGCCGUGCCCGCUCGCGGCCCGGCCUCCCCCGCUAGCGAUGAGGCCGCGGGGCAGGCAGUGCCUGCCGCUGCUCGCCGCCCUGGUGCUGGCUGUCGCCCUCGCGGAGGCCGCGACCUUUUUAUCACAGCAGUAUGCCUCAGAGUUCCUGGUGAGGAAACGUCGAGCAAAUUCUUUUAUGGAAGAAAGUAAGAAGGGAAAUUUAGAAAGAGAAUGCAUUGAAGAAUUAUGCAAUAAGGAAGAAGCCAGGGAAAUCUUUGAAAAUAAUCCUGAAACUGAGUAUUUUUAUCCCAAAUAUUUACGCUGCCUUGCCUCCCAUCGAGCAGGGGUUUUCAGGGUUAUUGCAAGUACUCCAGAUUCUCCAGCUGACCUGAGGGCUUGUGUCAAUGAAAUUUCAAACCAAUGUAGCCCUCUACCAUGCCAUAGAGAUGGAUAUAAGGACUGCAUAGAUGGACAAGCCAAAUAUACAUGUGUCUGUAAACCAGGAUGGCAAGGAGAGAAAUGUGAAGAAGAUAUAAAUGAAUGUGAAAACAUAAACGGAGGUUGCAGCCAACAUUGUUCUAAUUUACCUGGAAGCUACCGUUGUUUAUGUGAAGAUGGUUACUUCAUGCAUACAAAUAAACAAGACUGCAGAGAUAUAAAUGAAUGUGUGCUACUUCCAAACAUCUGUGGGACAGCCAUCUGUAAGAAUACACAGGGAAAAUAUGAAUGUGAAUGUGCAGAAGGCUACAUAUAUAAUUCAACUUCCAAGAAAUGUGAAGAUAUUGAUGAAUGUGCUGAAAAUAUUUGUGCUCAACUUUGUGUAAACUCUCCAGGAAGUUAUAGAUGCUAUUGUGAUGGCAAGAAAGGCUUCAAGCUUUCUAAAGACAUGAAGAAUUGUGAGCCUGUUCCAGUAUGUAUCCCACUGAACUUUGAAAAGAAUUAUGAACUGCUUUACCUGGCAGAACAAUUUAUAGGGAUUCCUGUUCUGUACUUAAAGUUUAAAUUGCCAAAUGUCACCAGAUUUUCAGCAGAAUUUGAUUUCCGGACAUACGAUGCAGAGGGAGUUAUAUUAUAUGCAGAAUCCCUGGAUAAUGCGGCAUGGAUCUUGCUUGCUCUUCGUGAUGGGAAGAUUGAAAUUCAAUUCAAGAAUGAAUUUGGAACAAAAGUCACCAGUGGAGGCAAAGCCAUUAAUGAUGGACUAUGGCAUAUAAUUUCAGUAGAAGAACUAGAAAACAGCAUCAGUGUGAAAAUAGCUAAAGAAGCAGUGAUGAAUAUUAACAGCCCAGGAACUCUCUUUAAGCAGUCACAUGGUUUCUUGGAAACUAAGGUGUAUAUUGCAGGAUUACCUCGCAAAGUAGGCAGCACACUUAUUAAACAGAUUAACCCUCGACUAGAUGGGUGUAUUCGUGCUUGGAAUCUGAUGAAUCAGGGACAUUCUGGUGUAAAAGAAGUCAUUCAAGAAAAACAAAGCAAACACUGUUUAGUCACUGUGGGGAGAGGAUCCUUCUAUCCUGGCACCGGAAUGGCAAGAUUUCAUAUAAACUAUAAUAAUCUUGACAGUGCUGAAGAUUGGCUAUUAAAUGUGACUAUGACUAUUCGCCCAUCCACAGACACUGGUGUUAUGUUUGCCUUGGUUUCUAAUGAAACAGUGCCUCUUGCUUUGUCCAUAGUGGACUCUAACUCUUCUGACUCACAGGAAAUCAUUGUGACCAUUGGAAACAUCACUGUUGCACAGCUGGAAUCAAAGAAGUUGUGUACACCUAAAAAAGUGCUGGUAGGACUUCUAGUAACCAAACAGCAACUUGAACUGACAGUUGAUUCACACACAGACAGAAGCAAUUCAGAACAACUGUCUAUCCUGCAUGAAGCAAUGAUGACAAACGUUGUUACCUACUUGGGUGGCCUGCCAGAUGUUCCUCUGGGUGCUACGUUAGUAACUGCUUUUUAUAACGGCUGCAUGGAGGUGAAGAUCAACAACAGACAGCUGGAUCUGGAUGAAGCUGCUUUUAAACACAAUGACAUUAGAUCUCACUCAUGCCCACUGAUUAUGGAAGAACCAUUCAAUUCUUAAUUUAACUUUUUCCUUUCAGAUAUAAUUUUUGUAAUUAGUCUCAUGCCAUAAUGAAGCCUGCAUUACUUUAGUUUGGCAUGUGCCAGGAAAAUAAUCAACAGCAUGUUUUUCCUCCUCUUAUGUAGCAUGGGGGAGGGGGAAAAUCCCCUCUUCUUUCAGCAGUAAAGACACACAAUCAAGAUCAAAAUUCUGUAAAAUGUUCUUUUAUUCACAUCAGUGGUAAAUCUUAAACUCAGAUUUAUCUUCCCCAUUCAUACUAUGUCCUUGAUAUGCGUAGUUUGGAGAACAGGUUCAGAAAGUUCUGACUGGAACCAAUUUCACAUCUUUUCAUAUAUCAGCACAAAGCUAAAAGUUGCAAGUUUUGGCAGCAUAUUUGAAUCUAAACAAAACCAUUCCCAUUAAACUUUUCCAAACAAAACAUACAAAGAAAAAUCUCUAUACAGUUUUUCUUUUCAGUAAAGGGAAGAAACACCCUGAAAUUUUGAGCUAAACUUUUCUGUAGAUACAUUUACAAAUUUUUAGCAAUAUCGGGGAAGCAACUUAAACACAAGUGUUUUUGCAAAUAGCUCAUGUUUUAUUAUACCAGUAUUAAUUAUUUCUAUCUUAGGAACCAAGCUUUAGACUUUUUACAGCAUUCUGGGUCAGGUCAGGUAGUUCAUUCCAAAGUGGAUUAAAAUACAGCCCAGGCAGCUUUAGAAAACGGAAGAAUCACAGGACAUCAAACUGGAAUUUUCACAACAAAUUUAACACUCCCAAGAUAAGCACCUUCACAUUGUCAGUCAUGCUCCCCUUAUUUAGUUCAACUUUGCAUCCACAGAGCCUCUAGAGGAGAAAAUUAAUUUGCAAGGCCUGUUACAGUUGCGUUUCUCAUGUGCAUGAAAGCCUAAAUUUUGCAGGCAGCUUCAGAAUACAAAGCAUAUUCAUGCUCAGCCAAAUUUAAUGGAAAAGGUAAUUAGAUAAGUAUUCUUUUCCUCAAGUGUGUUCAUUUCAAGCAUUUUGAAUAUUUCUUCAACCUCCUUUGAGUGAUCUUUCCACUUCUAACCUCAUUUCCCCACAACCAGCAGCCUCCCUUGGCAGCUCACCAAGUGAUUUUGUUAACCCCAAAAUAAAUAAAUAGCAAGAGAAUGGACAUAGCAAUGAGUAUAUGCUGCCAUCAGUCAAUCAGAGACACGUUUAUCUGCUAGAAUUCUUGACCUGAGAUUUACUUUCUACACUUGAGACACUGAAGUGAAAAUGUAUGUACAGAGGAUUCAUUUGAGGAUUACUUUUCCCCAGAGAUCUUCUCCAUACAAUAGUGGGACUUCUCUCGUUGCAUGCUAACAUUGAUAAAUUAGUACUGCAGAAUAUAAGCCCAUCUUUCAGUGUUAUUGCUCUGUCUGAGGUUUUUGUUCACUUCCUAUUUGUACCCUUUAAUAUAACACGGUGUUAGCUGUGACUUUCCUGUCAGCCAGCCCCAGUACAUUCUUAGUUUGUCCAGCACUGCUUCAUACAUAGUUUUUUAUUGGCAAGAAUUACACAGAGGCAACACUCAGUAGCUGAAAUGCCAGUGAACUACUGGUUCACUUUUCUGAAAUGGCACACAGAAAGUGUGAUCCCUCUAGACUCUGUGGAAGGGAAAUAAUUGCUGGAAAGCAUCCCUUCCUGCUCUUUUCUGCCUGUGCCCUGGAACACAUAGUUCAUUUGAGCCUAAGUCAAAUAAGCACCCUACCAAAAUAAGCAGGUUUCAGGUGCGAGGCUGAACUGAAAUGGGAUUUUUGACAUCAAACACACUUUUGGUUACUGCAUUUACGGUAUCUCAGCAGCAAAAACCUAAUGCUAGAAUGCUUUUGGUCAACCCAUUUGCCUUGCACAACAAACAGAAAUAAUGAGAUGGGGAAAUGCACAGUAAAGUGUCAGCAAUACAAUAAAUGCAUAUGUCAGGCUGUGCAAACAGCAGAAGAAGGGGUUGGACUUUUUAGGGGGGUUGGGGGGCUUAAAAAUAAUAAAUAGUACAGAGAGGAAAUUAAAGAAAACAGAUUACGUGGUUUCCUGCUGGGACACCACUUCUUUUUGUUUUCAUGUAAAAAUAUUCUAGAAUAUUGUAGUUAUAAUGAAACUCCAUACUGGUUUUUGAAUGUAAAUGUGCCUCCUUAUUGUAAGAAAUAAAAGCAGUAUUUGCAAGUUUCUUA